CAAUACGUUUACUGUUGAUUCUUCCAGUUCUUGUUGAUUUUGAGGAAAAAGUUGCGAACCGCUAUGGCUCAAGAAACAGCAAAGAACAUGGUGGAAUCCCCUGCUGAGGUUAGGGUUCCGACCUCAAUGUCAGUUGCUUCAUCUUCUUCCACUUCGGCGCCGAGGAAGAUCAUAGAAAGAACAGACAAUUGCUGCCGGAACUACGAUAACUUCAAACGGAGCGCCGUUCCAGUUCGGUUCAUGUAUUUUAAUCACGACGGUUGUUGGACCGAUUUUUCAACUGAAGUUAUCGAUUCUUUAAAAUCGGCUUUCUUGAACUGUAAACCGUUGGUUGACUUGUCAAUUACUGGCUCCAGUUAUCUUUUUGAUUUCAUGCGUAUGUUGCAGACGGAUUUCGACUCCGGUAGUCAACGGUCAAUUGCCUGGAUUGAUGAGAAUGGGAAAUGUUUCUUCCCUAAAAAAUUUAUAGGUGAAGAUUUUGAUUUGAAGUUGAAGUUGAAUCAUCAUCGUCAGGCAGUUAAUCCAACUAUCGAAAUUGAUAUCCGUAUCGCUUACAUCAACAACAAUGACGGAAUUAAGCGAAAAAGGAAAGAAGAGCCAGAGGUGAGUUCUGGAGAUGUUUUGAAACGGCAGCGUUUAGACACAUGGCCAGAUUGUGUUAGGUUAUUGAUUGAAAGUGAAUUAGCAUUUGCAACAGUUAGGGAUUAUUUUUUGAAUGGAAUGAAGAAAAUCGACCCUGCUGUUAAAAUUACUGCCGUUCGUCAAUGGGAACAUAGAGCUCCUAUGCGGCAUGCGCGUUUUUUAACAUUCGAAAAGCAAAUCGAGGUCACAAAAACUGCCUUAUUUCGGGAUGGUAGGUCUAAUGUUGUCUAUGCGUGGUAUGGUGCGCCAGUUAAAGAUGUGAAGAGUGUUUUAAUGUAUGGAUUUGGUCUGCCUAGUAAGGUUUACGGCCCUGAUAGUUAUGGAAUUGGUGUGUAUCUGUCUCCUGUUGGAUUUCCACAUUUAAGUGUCAAAUACGCGGAUGUGGAUGAGAAUGGGGAGAAGCAUGUUGUAUUGUGUAGAGUUAUCUUGGGUAAUCUCGAGCAAGUGGGGGCAGGGUCCUCACAAGAUUGUCCCUCUGGUAGGCGUUUUGAUACUGGUACCGAUGAUGUUGAUAAUCCCAAAUUCUUUGUUGUUUGGCAAUGCAAUAUGAGCAAGCAUAUUAUUCCCGAAGCUGUUGUGAGCUUCAAACAUUCAGUACAAUUUUUACAGGGUAAAUUGAAGGGAUCACUUGAUACAAAAAAAUCUCUUGAAAAGCUAAUUUCAAAUUUGAGGAAUUUCCUCCCUCUUGCCAAAUUUCAGGAUGUGGAGACAUUGUUUAAGACAUUCAGGGCAGGUAAGCUGUCCAGGGAUAUAUUCGCAAAGCAGUUUCGGUUAAUUGUUGGGGAUGAGGUUUUAAUGUCCAUAAGGAGGGAGAUUCGAGGCCAGGAAUAAUCUUUUUCUGGUUUUAUCUUGUCUUGUUUCAAAGAAUAUACUCUGUGGUUCAGUAAAUUUGUAGGAUAUCAUUAGGUAUAGAAAAUUAGUAUGUGAAACAGCGACAAGUAUUCCAAUCCCUUAAAAAUGUAGCAGAAACAAAAGAAAUAUUUUUCCCAAUGUAGUGUAGCUGUUAUGGCCCUAAUUCAUUGGAAUAACAUCUCUAAUUCUUUUA